AUGGCUCGUCAGAGUUUGCGUAAAGCGAGCAGUGCCAAACGCCCAAUGUCCGUGGCUGACUUUCACUCUCUGUCUCUGUCCUCUCGAGCUCCCACAUUGACCGAGACACUCGGACUGCACGAGGUCGAACGUUCAUCCAAUUGGCUUGAUUCCAGUCGACGUUUGUUGCAUGGAAUACGUCGUUGGACUUCACCGUUCCCAAGUUCACGAGACAGUGGGAAAGUGUAUGUGGCCGGGCUGAACGAGCACCAUGCUCCUCGUACCGGUCUCUCUUGUCUUGGUUCGAAGUCGUGUUCCCUCAGUCAAUGCGUGUCCAAGGAAACCAGUUCCGCUGAUUUCCUAUCCGUGCGCAAGCCGGACUCCGUACAAUUGAUCGGUGUCCGAACGAACUCAGAUGAUGCAAGCAUUCCGCCACCGCAUUUGUCCUGGAAUAGCUCAUUUGAUAGUUGCUCUCCGACCUUUGCAUCUUUCUCCCACGAGACUAUCUCUUCCGGUCCGGUUGUGGAGUUACCCCUCGCACAACCUUGCCCGUCCGAUCACAUAGAUUCCAGCGGUAUUGCCACUGGCUCCUCGACUGAUUUGUCGUUAUAUGCCUCCGUGGUCGAGGAUGAGGCCAGCUCACAACCGGUGGCUGAACGACAACGCCGUAGAUACAUAUUUUCCACUGUGUUCGAUUUUGCCAAAAUGCAUUUAUCCGGCCCGUUCUCUGGUCUUCUGUUCACAUGCCUGUUGGGUAAUGUUUACACUCCUAUUCAAAAGUGA